AUGUUUUGUUUUAUGGCAACACUUAGUUUGUUGUCAUUAUUUUUGAUCAUAUAACUGACGUGUUUUCGAAGUUGUAUGAUUAAAUAAAAGAUUAAUCAAAGGGAAGUUAUGUCCUUAAAUCCUAUAUCAUUUAGCACGGAUUGAAAUACUAACAUUUUUUCUAUAGGAUACGUUUCGAAUUUUUUUAUAAGGAUUCUUUAACAAUGGGGUUGUGUAAAUGUCCUAAAAAGAAAGUGACAAAUCAGUUUUGCUUCGAACACAGAGUUAAUGUUUGUGAACACUGUAUGGUUACCAAUCAUUCUAAGUGUGUUGUCCAGUCCUAUUUGCAAUGGUUACAAGAUAGUGACUACAAUCCGAAUUGUAGCAUCUGCAAGACAGAAUUAGCUGAGGGUGAUUGCAUCAGAUUAACCUGUUAUCAUGUCUUUCAUUGGGAUUGUUUGAAUAAAUAUGCUGUUAGCUUAUCACCACAAACUCGUCCUGAAGAAUAUGUCUGCCCUAUAUGCAAUGUGUCGAUCUUUCCUCAACCAAAUGCAGUGUCACCAGUGGCAGAUGCAUUACGCAAUGUACUCAUGGGAGUUAAUUGGGCCAGAGCAGGCUUAGGAUAUCCUGCAUUAGAAAGUAGCCUCUUAGAUGAAAAUCCUCAUUCCAAUAGUAUGCAGUUUUCAUCUCUAAGAACUCCAAAUGACCUUCCUUUAGAAAGUCCAAAAAAGCCAGCUCCUAUUAAUAUAUCUAAUUCUGCUAACCAUCCAAGCAUUGACAGUGUUCGACCUGAACCUUAUGGAGCAGCUUAUACUGGCUACACAAAUGCUAGAAAAGUGUAUGAUUCAACUGAACAUGGACACUACAGGCCACCACAAACUGAUCAUGAUGAAGACAAGUAUAAAAGGCGAUCCCUAUUUGAACGAUUAAAUAGAUGGUUCAAAUCUCAAUCACACACUGGUAAACACAGAAAAAGAGAUCCCAGCAUUAUUUACAAGAGGUGGAUGAUUAUUAUAGUUCUUGGUCUCAUCGCUCUCUGUACUCUCUGCAUAUUGUUUUUGAAAUGGGGACGAGCAAAUGCUGAUUCAGAUCCUCUUCUUGAUCCCCACUAUAAUCCAAAUAUUCGUGUUGAAGACAUAGCCAUUGAAUCACAUUCUGUGGCUGCUGAAGUGGAGAAGUUGAAGAAAGUGAAUAUUAAAGAACUUUUGCCUGCAUAGUAAUAUCAUAUUAUUUAGUUCUAGUAAAAAUGGUUUCUGUCAUAUUUAAAUAUUUCACAAAAUGCACAUAUUUUUGAUUUCUGAAAAGUUUAAAAAUUUGCAUGUAUAGCAGCUAAUUCAAAGAUAUAAAUUUUGUAAUAUAAAGCAUUCCGUUGACUGUAUUUAAUACAUAUUGAAAAUAAAAAGGGGAAAAAAAUGUAUAAUAAAUCUUUUUAGAAUCUCAUUAUUUCGUUUAUAAAUUUAUAUAUCAAUUGUUUAAAAAUAACCUUUUUAAAUUAGUUCAUAGUAAGACUUGUAUUUUAAAUAAUGAUAUUUUAAACUUAGGGAUAAUGCAGCAUUUGGUUUUAAAAAUCUGUAGUUUAGUCAUAAAAUUAAUAAAUUUACUUGUAUAUUUUUUUAAUUUUAUUUAAUUACAUAAUUUCAAGAUUGUUAAAUGACAACGAAUUCACCAUUGAAAAUGUGUCUUAAAAGUAAUUUUGAUAAAAUAUUCUGCGCUUAAUUUUUCAUAUAUAGUACUAAAGACAGUACUAAGUAAAAAAAAGCUUGAAAAAUUCUAAAGGCAGUCAAUACUUCAUGUCAAGUAAAAUAAAGUCACCCCUUAUUACAUAAAGAAAUCUAUUAUUUAGCUAUUCCUCAACAAUCAUUCCAAAUGCAGUGAGUAAGAUUAAUUAAGGUUAAAUAAUUUGUUAAAAGUUAAAACUUAGCUCAUUUUAAACACCAACAUAUUAUGGUGAACGUGGCCUUCAACGCUUAUUGAAAGUUAAAGUAAUGUAUGGUUUAGAAAGCAGUAUAUGAAUGUGAAAGUAAUAAAUGGUAUUAUAUGGUUAGCAUCUAUUUUAAAAUAUUUAAUUUUCUGAGAAAAAGAUUUAAUGAAUAUAUGUUUAUUUAAGAAGAAGCUAGAGGAAUAACUGUACAUUUUUGAGUUAAAUGAUAAAGAACUAAAAAAUUUGUAGGACGCAGUAGUAAUGAAGUUACAGUAGCUUCAAAUUUAAUUUUUAAGGAGGGAUAGCUACAUUGGCAUUCAAAGAAAUAUGAAUUAACUUUAUCGAUAUUUUUAUGGGAACAUCAUCUAAAUAAUAUUUAAAAUUUACUUUUUUUCCAAAAUGUAAUUUUAAUUUGAAGAAAAUUAACAUCUUUUUCAUCCUCAAAGUUAUUGAGUUUAAUGUAUACAAAAAUCAUGGAGGUAAAAUAUUAUUGAUCUUUAGUUUAACCCUUCAGUGCAUAAAUUUGACUUGAAACUUAAUUCAUUUUUUAAAUUCUUUUAUUUUCUAUAGUUCUAAUUAGUUAUAGAUUUCAUUGUUCUGUAAAAAAAAAUCGCUCUUGCAAAUAGUGAAGCUUAAAGUUGUUUUAUAUUUGCCGUUUUCGAUUGUUAUUAAAUGUAUAAUUUCAUAUUUGAUCGCUUAUUAUUAUUCAUUUUACAUUUUGCUGUUUGCUAAAGUUCUAUGAAAAGUAUUAGUUAAAAGAAAUAUUCCCCCUCGUAAAAUCUGGUUAAACUCAUGGUUCUCAAAUUACUUUUUGUACUUCAUGGUGCAUAGGCUUCAAAACUGACGAAUUGCUAUUUUAAUGUGAUUACUUCAUCUAAUUUGGUUUUUGUUUUUAUGUUUUGGUUAGAAUAAUUAUCUUUUAAUGAGACAUAAAAUUUAAAUUGGUUAUUGUAUUUUUACUUUUAAAAAUAGCAUAUCAAAUUGAAAUAGGCAAUUUACUUUACUGUGAUUGCUUAAGAUACUUUUUCAAUCUAUUAAUUUAAAAUGCUAACAUUUAAAUUCUGCUCCAUAUUGGUUUUAAAAAAAAUUUCUAUGUAGAAUCAGAAAAAGAAUGUGUUAAUGUUAUAAUUUUCUUUUUUAAGAAAAGUAAAAUAUUUAAGUUGACUUUUUUUCUUUAUUGCAUUUCAUGCUAUUACAUAAUAGAGGGUUGUUUGACAUAAUAAAAGUUACUUAUAUUGUUUUAUUCAAAAUUAACCUUUUAUAUAAAUUCAUUAUGCUCUAUUGCCUAUCAUAAUAUUUAACAUAGUUUUAAAUAUCAAAAAUGCACAUUUAUUAUUAAAGUGCCAUAAUUAAUAUUUUAAUUAAUUUUUGUGGUGUUAUGAUAUAGCUGAUGAACUGUAGCAAAAUGUAAAUAAGAAGUUAGAACAAAUGUAUUUAAAAAAUUUAGUUAUUUUAUUUGUUACAUGAUUUUUUAGAAGCUUUAUUUUAUUUUUUUAAACUAUUAUGAUCAUUUUCUUAAAAGAUUAUGAUUAUUUCAAUUUACAGCCCCAAAACUAAUUUUGAUAUUGUAGUCCUAAAUCAAGCUUAUAUUAUAUUUAUUUAUAUGUAUAUAUAUUAUAAAUAACAUGCUUGAUUUCAUAUAUUUGUGUACUUUAUAUAAUUUUACUAGUCUCUACAUUGUAUGGUUAUUGUAUGAUUUUAUUUAAGGUUAACCAAUUUACGCUUAACAGAAUUCAAAGUUACUGUUAUUGUGUUUGGUUAUAUAUCUCACUUUUUAAAAUGCUCUACUAAUAUCAUUUAAAUUCCUCUUCUUACAUUUUAAUUAAUUUGUUGAUUGAAUUAAUUUUGAAAAUAGUUGUAAAUGAAUGAAAGUUAAACACAACAAUUCGAGAAAACGAAUGGUUCAACCUAUGAUUGCUAGGGAUGCAUUUUGCUACACAUCUGUUCCAGGUUACCUGUUAAAAUUCAAGCUUCUAAAAUUAAAAGAUAUCAAGAUGGUUAAUGCAUAUAAAAGAAAAUGAAAUUAUACAUGUUUCAUAAAUAUUUAAAUAGUUUCUUUUGAAUUGGAUUAACCUUUAUUAAAGUCAUUGGUUGAAAUAAAACGUCACGUUUGUAAUACUUUCACUAAUUUUUGUUGCUGCAUUUUGAUAUUGUUAUCAGUAUAAAUAAUAAAUAAUUAAUUUGUGA